UUAUUCACAAUUUGUUUAGUGUCCCAACUUUUUUGGAAUCCGGUUUGUAUAAUCACACAUAUCCAAGUCACAGCACCAAGUUAUUUUACUUGAAUUUUACUGCUCUGUAAGUUUGGGCUGUGUGGGGGUUUCAUGUGUUUGUGUUACUUUUACUUUCACAUUCCCUAUAUAUAAAGGCACCGUCUCUCUCAGCUCUGCGUCUAUUCACCUCGGGGCACAGAGUCCGGUUACUGGGAAGGAAAAUGGAUGAAAUCACUCGACUGACAGAUUCAAUUAAAAACCUCAACCUGACUGACUGCACCACAAAGAACCAGGGCUACGACCGGGUCCUCCUCCAGCUCUUUGGGUUUUUGGGACACGGCAAAUCCUCCUUCAUCAACACCUGCAAGUACGUCUUGGAAGAUGGCGAGUACCAGAACUAUACAGACUCCAAAAAUUCAGAAGGCGGCGACACUAAAACCAGAGUAACGUUUCCGCUGACCGACACCCUGACGCUGGUGGACAACCGCGGCUGCUCAGCGAUGAACGAUUAUGAGACGGCAGAAAUAUUUGCUCAGCUUGCCAACUUGUUGCCCCUGGAUAAGGGAGUAAAUUGGAGCAAAGGAUUUGGGCUCACAGAAAGAAUUAUAGAUGCUGAGGCAGAUGUAAAAUCAUCUGACUUUAUCUACCCCAUCUUUGUGUUCAGUGUAAAGCAAGGACUGCCCAACGAGGAGAUGCCAAUGAUAAAAGAGCUGCUUGAAACGGCCAGAGACCUGACAGAAAUCUUUCCUAUUGUGGUUCUAACCCAUAAGACCAGUGGGAAUCUGAGAGAAAUGAAGGAAAAGUUUGAAAACAUGGGGGCGGAGCAAAUCUUUGCCCUUGAAAAUUUCACCCCAGAAGAUUGCAUCAAAACCAAAGGGAGGCACGAGGAGGUGCUGAAUAUUUUCUGUGAAAUUAUCAAAGAUAUAGAGUUUUCCUUGGAGAGAAUGGGGGAUCCAGAGAAAAAGAGACAAGGAAGGAAGAAAAAGGUGCUCAAGUUCAUUCAUGAGAGGGAAGUAAAGAAUAAAGAUCAGGAGUUGCAAAGGCAGCAAAUGCAGCUCAAGUUCAUGAGAAGGAAAUGAAGAAGAAAGAGGAGGAGCUGCAAAAGCAGCGAAUGCAAGAAAAGACGCUGCAGGAAGAAACAAAAAAAAUUGAAAAACCACCUAUCCCACCACCAUGUACUGUAUCAUAAACCUGAUGGAGUGUUGCUUUCCAGGCCCCCCUGAAUGAGCUACAAAGGCAGAAAAUUUGUGCCUGAAAACUUUGUGUAACGCUUAAUAAAGUUGUUUCAGUAGAAGAAAUAAUUUGCUGAUAUUCUUACAGGUUACUGUAGUAUUUAGGGUGGUGUAACCUACUGCAUUUUCAUUAGGUCUCUCCUGCAGCAUCGAUUCUUAGCUUGAAUAAAAAAUGGAAACUCCCAGUA